AUCCUGCUGUGAUGAUCCAUUAAGAAGGAAAAUGACCGCUUGCUGUCAUGGCUCUCGAAGUUUUCAGCAAAAAUGAGACUCUGGAAAUGCGCAGAAAGUUUAUCGGAGAGUCCUGCAGGCUGUUUUUCUCUCACGAUCCCGUAAAAAUUGUACGAGCACGGGGUCAGUAUUUAUAUGAUGAAAAAGGCAUGCAGUACCUGGAUUGCAUUAGUAAUGUCCAACAUGUGGGACACUGUCAUCCUAGCAUCACUGAGGCUGCUGCUGCUCAAAUGGAUCUUCUUAAUUCAAACACUAGAUUUCUCCAUGAUAACAUAGUGCUAUAUGCACAACGACUGGCAGCCACCCUGCCAAAAAAGCUUAGUGUCUUUUAUUUUGUCAACUCAGGUUCCGAGGCAAAUGAUCUUGCCUUGCGACUUGCCCGCCAGUAUACCCAACAUCAGGACGUCAUAGUGCUGGAUCAUGCAUAUCAUGGACAUCUCACCUCACUCAUUGAUAUCAGUCCAUACAAGUUUAGGAAGUUGGAGGGACAAAAAGAGUUUGUUCAUGUGGCACCUCUUCCUGAUACUUACCAAGGUAUGUACCGGGAGGACCAUCCCAACCCAGGAGAGGCUUAUGCUGACUUAUUGAAAAGUCUUAUUGAAGAGGUGCAUACGAAAGGCCGGAAAAUUUCAGCUUUUUUUGCUGAGUCUUUACCUAGUGUUGGUGGCCAGAUCAUUUUUCCGGAUGGUUAUUGUAAACGAGUAGCUGAAUAUGUUCAUGAGGCGGGGGGAGUUUACGUUGCAGAUGAGAUUCAGACAGGCUUUGGUCGUGUUGGGAGUCAUUUCUGGGCUUUUCAGCUUCAAGAAUUUUGCCCUGACAUUGUCACUAUGGGCAAACCAAUGGGUAAUGGUCAUCCAGUUGCAUGUGUGGCCACUACAGAGGAGAUAGCUCGGGCCUUCACAGAUAAUGGUGUGGAGUACUUCAACACAUUUGGUGGUAAUCCAGUGUCCUGUGCCAUCGGUUUGGCAGUUUUAGAUGUAAUAGAAAAAGAGGACCUGAGAGGAAAUGCACUUCGUGUUGGAGGUCACUUGAAACAUCUGCUUAGUCAACUUCAAACGAAAUAUUCAAUCAUCGGAGAUGUGCGUGGAGUAGGACUGUUUAUUGGUAUGGAACUAGUUAAAGACAGAUGUUCCCGAAAACCAGCCACAGAAGAAACUGCACAGCUUGUUAGAAGGCUCAAAGAGGAGCGUAUAGUUAUGAGCACUGAUGGACCAUGGGACAGUGUCAUCAAAUUCAAACCUCCCAUGUGCUUCAGUAUAGAGGAUGCAGAGAGAGUCGCUAUGUGCAUUGACCAAAUUCUCAAAGAACUGGAGAAUACCACCAAAGAAGAAAAAGUUUAGGUUUAAAGUGGUUUAAAAAAAAAUUCAAGACAGUUUUAAAUGUAGUGCAUGUGGAAAACAUUUCAUAUAUAAGAUCUAAUUAUGCAUGAAUUAAAAUAAAUCAUCUUUUAUGUGAUUUGCAGUUUUUAAAUGUUAAAUCACAACUCAAUUUCAAAAUGCAUAUGGUAGCUGCCAAAGGACAAACAUGUUGUCGUCAGAGACAACGUAGGGACGAAACACGCUCUGUAAACAGUUUGUCAGUUAAGGGCUACAUAACAGCCACCCGUGUUGUAUGUAGAAAAAAACGUCUCAUUCUAAGGCAAUAAAAAACAAUACAGUUCAUUAUGUAAGGUCUUUAUACACCACUGAUAAUAUAGUUAUGUAUAUUAUAUUGCAUUUAUGCCAAGAGAGCCUUCUCAAAGUUACACAAUGCACCUUUAAUCUCGUUUUAUGUAGCAAAACACUACAACAAAUAAGGGUUUAUAAAUUUAAUUGUUAAACAAAGAUUACAGACAUUGACAUUUUAACAUGAAAUCACACAAGUAUGUUUACAAGUGAUAUGACAACAAAUAAGAUAAUGAUUUGGUUUACUUUGAUAUUUUACAGUUAUAUACAACAUAUGUCUUUAUAAUCUUUUUAUCAAUUUUGUACUCAUAUACUGGAAGUACUAAUAUUGCUAAGACUUCGUUUCAAUGAAGUAUGUAAUAAACAAACAGUAAUUUUGAAAUGUGUUUUAAUUACUGUUUUAUUCAUUUAUUUACACAUUUUGAGCACAGUAGUUGGUAUCUGUGUUCUUCAACCAGGAAUAAAAAGGACAUUUCCUCUUG